GUCCCAGCUGCAGUCUCGCUGUCCCCAAGCUGCUGCAGCCUCAUGGCACCAAUGGCGCUGGCCCUCAUCCUGGGUUGGUGGCUGGUGGCAGCGAGCAGAGCACAGCGACUGCCCCCACCCUCCCUGUCGCUGCACCCCAGCCAGGGGGUGUCCCUGGGGGACACUGUCACCCUGAGCUGCCACCUGCCCCAGCUGGCUGCACGAGUUGAACUCUGCCAGGAAGGAUAUAGGGGAACUGAAAUGUGCAAGGACAUGGACGUGCUUCAGGACACAGCUGAGUUCUCCUUGGUUAAUGUACGGAGGAAGGAUGCAGUGAAGUAUUGGUGUCGGUACAGGGUGUUCCAGCCACCAGGGACAUCGAAGAAGAGUGACCCCGUGGAGCUGCAGGUGACAGAUCACAGUUAUCCCCCACCUGGCAUUUCCCUGAUACCCAAAGAACGUGUGGAGUUGGGGACCAAUGUCACCAUCCAGUGCUGGAACCAGGAAUACAGGGGCACCAUCUUCCUGCACAAGGCUGGGCACUCAGCCCCUAUCCAGCACCAGGUCCCUGUUUGGGGCAUGGCCACCUUCACCAUCUUUGGUGACCCAUCCGACUCUGGCACCUACAGGUGCUCCUACC